CAAAUCCCAACAUUUAAAAGCGUCUUAAUCCACAAAAUUCAACCCAAAAUCAAUUCCAACAGAUUUCAAUGGAUCCAACUGACAAGUAACACCACCACCAACGAUGUUGCCAUGGAGACUGUUAUGCAUUCUAGGGUUAUUAGUGUUAGGGUUUCUUCUGGAGUUUGGGGAUGCUCUCAAGUUGCCUUUUAGGGUUAACGAUGUCUUACCCGUUCUACCACGUCAAGUUUCCUGGCCUGUUUUGAACACCUUCGGCAGUGCUGUGGAUUUGUUGCCGUCGUUUAUGGGAACGAUUUCUCCCAAUAACGGCUCAAUUCAGUGGAAAGGUGCUUGUUUUUAUGGCAAUGAAGCUCGUAUGGAUUUCACCCAAGGCGAUGAUCGUGGUUUGGGCGGUGGUGUUAUCUAUCUCAAGACAAAUGAUGCACAUAGUUGGACAUGUAUGGAUCUUUAUGUUUUUGCAACGCCCUAUAGGAUUACCUGGGACUACUACUUCACAGCACGGGAGCAUACUUUGACAAUUGAUUCCUGGGAAGAACCUGCUGAAUUGGAAUAUGUAAAACAGCAUGGAAUCUCAGUGUUUCUAAUGCCUGCCGGAAUGCUGGGGACCUUGGUUUCUUUGGUUGAUGUUUUGCCUUUGUUUUCUAACACGGGUUGGGGACAAAAUGCUAACCUUGAUUUUCUGAAGAAUCACAUGGGUGCAUCGUUUGAGAAGCGCCAUCAGCCAUGGCAGGGAACUAUUAAUCCAGAUGAUGUCCACUCUGGUGAUUUCUUAGCCGUGUCAAAGAUCCGUGGAAGAUGGGGUGGCUUUGAAACAUUGGAGAAGUGGGUAACUGGCUCAUUUGCUGGUCAUACAGCAGUUUGUCUGAAGGAUGACUUUGGCAAUCUUUGGGUUGGCGAAUCAGGACAUGAGAAUGAAAAGGGUGAGGAAAUUAUUGUGAUUAUUCCUUGGGAUGAAUGGUGGGAUUUGGCACUUAAGGAUGAUUCUAACCCACAAAUAGCUUUGCUACCAUUACAUCCUGAUAUUCGUGCAAAGUGGAACAAUACUGCAGCAUGGGAAUAUUCUCAGAGCAUGUCAGGCAAGCCAUAUGGUUAUCAUAACAUGAUUUUUAGUUGGAUUGACACGAUCGGUGACAACUUUCCACCACCUCUUGAUGCUCACUUGGUGAUUUCUGUCAUGUCUAUGUGGACUAGAAUGCAGCCUGCAUAUGCUGCAAAUAUGUGGAAUGAAGCUCUAAAUCUGCGCCUUGGGACAGAGGGUUUGGACUUGUACGGAAUCUUGGAAGAGACGGAAAAACGAGGCAUUUCCUUCGAUGAAUUGCUCACGAUUCCAGAAAAAGAUGAAUGGGUGUACAGUGACGGGAAAUCCACAACUUGUGUCGCCUUCAUUCUGCAAAUGUAUAAAGCUGCUGGAGUUUUCGGCCCUGUUUCCGAUUCUAUUCAAGUCACUGAGUUCACCAUUCGCGAUGCUUAUAUGCUCAAAAUCUUUGAGAACAACCACACACGGCUGCCAGUAUGGUGCAACAAUGGUGAUGAUCGGCUUCCAUUCUGCCAAAUUCUCGGUGAGUUUCUCAUGGAACUGCCUUUAUACAAUACGAUAGAACCGUAUGCUAAAAUGAACGAAAACUGCCCUUCUCUCCCCCCAUCGUACGAUAGGCCUAUGCAUUGUUAAAACGGUUACCGUGUGUGUAUAGUUUUUCAUAGAAUUCUCCACGACACGAACCCUGCUGUUUUCAUGUAUUUUAGUUUGAAAUGGAGAAUUUGUCACGUAUGCUAAUCUUUAUUCCCGCUACUU